AUGGAUGACUACCCGAACAUAACUGUCCCCGAGUGUGGUAUCGGUCGACAAUCAUUGCUUGGAAACGGCAAAUGUUUUCAAUGGUUAUCCAAAUCCAAUCAAAGUCUAAUACCACCGCAUGAACUAAAUAAUGGACGCAAUGCCCGAUCGGGUGAAGUGCCGUUUGCCGUAUGGAUUGCUAUCUCUAACUACAAACAAAUAAGCCUAAUUCCAGUUAGUGAUAUAAAAAUCUACCCGGGCAAAUUAUUUAUCAAUAUGGAUGGUCAUAACGAUGAUGGUUAUGAUGUCGAAAAAACAGUUAUCCAUCCUAACUAUGUAUCUAAUCGGCACCCGGCUACUGAUCUGGCACUGAUUAAACUAACAGCUGACUUACCGCUUAUCGAUUCAAAUGUUGGACAACCACUACUACUACAUCCAUAUCGUACACUAAACGGUAUUUGUUUGCCAAUGGCUGACCAACACAAUGAUAGGGAUGAGUUAGCAUUGAUGGCCGGUUACGGUUUAGUAACCGAUACCGAGGAUAGUAAUAGACUACGUAUGGGUUAUAUUAGGAUUAAGUCAGCCGUAGGUAAUGAGACUGACUAUUGGCGCGUAGCUAUACUCGGCCAACGAUAUCCUCAAUAUAACGGCACCUUUUCAUGUCCGGGUGAUUCUGGUGGUCCAUUGUAUCAGUAUGUAAACGGUAGGGCCGUAUUGAUUGGCAUAAAUCACGGGCGCACUGAAGGCUAUAUCAAAUGUCAUGAAAUCAAUAAUCGUGUUGUUAUUAUAUUUGCUAGGAUUUCAUAUUUUACUGAAUGGAUUACUGAUACUAUCAAUAAAAAUUAA